AUGAUCAGGGUCUAAUCAGCCAAGCCGAUCGAAAUUGAAUGUAAGCACUGUGGAAAUAAGGGAUAAUCCAUCUGCGACCCUCAUCAUUCAAAGUAUACCUGGGCAGCAUGUAUUGGUAUCUCUUUGUUGGGAGGUUUCUUGGGAUGCUGUUUAAUUCCUUUCUACAUGGACUAGUUUAAAGAUGCAGACCAUGCUUGUGGCACUUGCGGUCAUGAUCUCGCUUAUAAGAAAGCAUUCGAUAAAUGA